AUGGAUCGUUUCCUUUUUCUUCGGUCUCUUGGAGCCCAGUCGUCGUGUAUUUUGCGCCGUAUGCAAUAUUUAAGAAGUAUAUGGUCAAUGGAUUCAGAACCAGUUAAACGGUUUAAAAGGAAGCAUUUUGGAAAUAUUCAGGCAUUAGUUCUUGAUAACAAUGUAGAAAGAUACCUUCUUUCUGGGGGAACAGAAUCAUUAGUAUGUUUGUGGGAUUUAGAGGGGGAAAAAGAUAGAGAGGAGACAUGUAUAGAUCCAAUUGCAUUUAUACCAGUUCAUUCAGGUCAUAAAUAUGAGAUUUCUGAUAUUAAUUGGUGGUCUUUUGAUCAAAGUUUAUUUACAACAUCAUCAUUUGAUCAUCUUGUAAAAGAUGUGUGUUCAUUUGAUCUUGAAGAUAAAGUAUACGCUCAUAGUUUGUCACUUAUUGCAAGCCAUUGCCUUAUUGCAUGUGGCACUGAUUCAUCAUCGAUUCGUCUUUGUGAUUUAAAGACGGGCGCAUUUACACAUUCCUUGAGGGGGCAUGAGGGGAGUGUUUUAACAGUUCUUUGGUCUCCUAGAGAUGAGUAUACUCUUAUAUCAGGUGGAAGUGAUGGAUCGGUAAGGCUAUGGGAUGUUCGUCGUGCUAUUUCUUGUUUGAAAUGUUUUCAUCAAUAUAAUUUACAGAUCGAUUUUGCAACCCAGAGGAAUUGUUCACAUAAUGGCCCUGUAAAUGGUUUAGGUUUUACAAGUGAUGGUUUUUAUCUUGUAUCUGUUGGUCACGAUGAAGUUAUGAGGCUAUGGGAUUUACAGAAUGGUUUGAAUAUGUUUAUUCAUUAUGGCCAAAAAAUUAAAAAUACACAUUUUCAGAAAACAAGUCCAUAUAUCACUCAUUCUGAUGAAUCUGAAACUCCACUUACAUUAUUUCCUUCUAACAAUUCUCAAAUACAUAUAUUCGAUUUAUUUCAUGGCAAUUUAAUUAAAACUCUUAAUAGUAUGGAGGGGAAAGUGUCAUGCGUUAUUGGUAAAAAAUAUUCAGCGGAAUUUUAUUCAGGAAAUGAUCAUCAAAUUUUCACAUGGCUUCCAAAAAAACCCACUUAG